AUGGACGGCACGAGGUAUUCGCCUUAUCUCCGUCCAACGGGCAUGCUUCAUACUCUGGAAGAAACAGAGUUUCAGGGUACGAUGGAAAGGAAUCGAGAGACGCUGCUGAGCUUGGAGACUGUGCGAAAAUGGCUACAGCAGAUUGGAGCGACGAAUCGAAAGCUACUCGGUGAGGUGUUCAUCUGUUGUUCGGAGGAAGAUGCAGGCCAACUUUUGGAAAUCGCGACGAUACGAUUCGACUUUGGAACAGGCUGUUUGACCAAGUCAGCUACGUAUCCGCUCUUGAGCGGCUGGGAAUGGACUGGACCUGCCAACGAAGCAGAUGUAGCAUGCUUUGCGAAUGAGCGGUACGGUGCUGGGCUCAGGCAUUACAAAUUUGCACUUACGAAUUAG